UUGAUAUAUUCACAACAAUCACAACAACUAAAUGUAGCAUACCAACAAUUUACCCCUAGCGCUUCUAUGUUGAAUCCGGCUACUUGGAAUGAAUAUGUUCGUUCAAAUCAUUCGACACCAACAAAUUCUCCUUCACGUUCCGACACACAACAUAAUAGUGGAUCUCAAAAUGGAGCUUAUAACAUGGAUUAUCUUAUUUCUGACAAUUUAUCUGGAAAUAUGGCAUUGUCAACUUCUGACAACAAUUUUGGAUUGGAGAAUUUUUAUCCAGUUAAUACAACAUCGGAAUUUUCCAACAACUAUGGAUAUGGUGAUAUUACAAACGCGUCCAUUGCUGCUUCUGUUGGUAACUCACCAAUAUCUAGUCCUGAUGUGUGUGGUGAUUCAUUAUGUCACCGUAAUCAGGCCAAUGAUAUUAAUGCAACGGAAAGUCACAUUGAAUCAAGAAAGAACUCUGUUAAUGAUUUGUCAUAUGAGAAUCUUCAUCAACCUUUGGAUGAGCUAGCCGCAGCAGCAGCAAUGAUCUCCUGUGGUCGUGAUAGUAAGACGUACACACCAAUAGUAGUUGAUUCAAUAAGUACUACUAAUGCUAAAAAUAAUCGUAAACCCCAUUUAAUGCCUUUGAAUAUUACAACAAAUCCGUCUGACAUGUAUCGCCUUGGUGACAUGUCGGCUGAAUUUGGGUUUGAUUCUCUUGCGAGUUCUCCGUCUCCCGCUGUCACUAUGCCUCCUACACCAGUGUUUUUUGAACCAGGCUUCCUUGACGGCGUUACCAAUCCGACGAUUUCUGAUAGUUUUACUUUCAACUUAAAUCCUGAAUUACCAACCGAUCAAUUACUUGAAAGCGCUACUACAAUCUCACGAUCACAUAGUUAUGAUAAUAUGUCAUCGCCUCAGCACGGUUCCGUUUUUACAUCUGAAAAGAUAAUCGACAACCCGCAAACAAUUACUCCAGCUGCUAUUACCAUUACCCCGAAUUUUGCACCGAUGCUUACACAAACCCCGAGCACUCUUGAUUUGGAGACUGAUUAUUUCAGCGUCAAACAACUUUGCCAACAACGUCCUGUUGCUAGAAGUCGUAGAAAUAGUUUAGUUAGUAAUCCACCAAACAUUAAGGCUGAACCACGAACACCUGCUCUUUCGCCACCUGAAUCUCCUGGUACUUCAAUGUCAUCUACUAGUUCCUCACCACCAUCGCCGUCUCCUCCGCACACACCAACUUACAUGCGUAGAGUGUCUAUUUCCCCGACCAUCAUGGAAGAAGAGGAAGAUAUAAUGGCUUCAUCUGCUAACACCAAUAAUCUUGCGCUUGUUGUUUCUAAUUAUGGUACAGAUAUGUCUUCAACUGUCAAUCAGAGACUUUCUCAGAGCGCUACGGUUAACCUUAUGAGGCCAGUGAUUCAACAGUACUUGAAUUCUACUAAUCCAGCCGCGAUGGGCGAAAAAACAGUAAUGGUCUUGACUUCAAAAGUUGCACAAAAAUCUUACGGUACAGAAAAAAGAUUCUUGUGCCCUCCACCUACAACAUUGAUUUUGGGAUCAAAUUGGUGGUCUCCGCACAAUAUUGGACAUUCGCAAUCAUCCACGACAUACAGCCCGCCUAAGAUCUCUGUAGGAAUUUCUGGUGAACAAGGACAUCAACAAGGAAUUCUAGAAUGCAUUAGUUCAUCCGGAAAUCCUCUUGAUCCUAAUGCGUGUUCCGAAAUGGCUUUCAGCGGAAAAUGUGUUUCUAAACAUUUAUAUAUAAAUGAUGCUGAUGAAAAACGAAAGAGAGUUGAAGUUCUUGUCAAUAUUCAAAGUCCUAUGGGUCAUGAUUUCGGCACUUUUGCAAUGUGCAUUCAUCACGGGACUACAAUUUCACUUUUCAAUCGUAUUCGUUCUCAAACAGUAUCCACCAAGUAUCUUGGUGUUUCAAUGCAAAAUAACAAUCAAACGUUUGGCCCUUGGAAUUACAAUAAUGGUCACAUGCAAUCAAGUCAAAAUGAACAACCUCACCCUUGCUUCGUUGCUCGUACUGGAAGUUGGGAUCCAUUCAUAAUUUGGAUAGUUGAUCCUCGUUAUGUAAAGG